AUGAUUCAUUCUUUUCUAGCUCUCAAUUGGUUACCUGCACCGACUAAUAUCAAUCUUCUUGACAAGACCAACACAUCUUUAGAAAUUUCGUGGAUUACACCGGUCAUUCAGGAGAACAACCACAAUGCCAUCAUCAAUCAACAUUUGGCUGGAACAAAUUACGGCUAUGGAGCUAUGGGAUGGGCUGUUUUUUCAACACUUUUGAGGAACGAAAACGGGUUUGUUCUGAAAUUGCGAAUGAAAACACCAAAUGCUCUGACUGUGGGAUGGGAUCCACAUUGGCUGCCCACUCCUACGUCUAAGUUCACGAUCAUUGCAAAGACUUUACAUUCGCCAGACAAUGUCGAGAAGGAAAUCCUGAACAUAGGUGUCGGGGAAAUGGCAAAACCGCGCACACUGAAAUGGGAUGAAACAGUACUUCGCAAGACUGCCUGGGGUGUUUUUUCUACACUCACACAGGGCGAAUACGUUGUGUCCGAACCCCGCAUUGUCGUCGAGACAGAAACAGCCGCUUCCAUAGUCUUUCAGCCUCUCAGACACCUUGGCGAGGUCCACUACCAGGUGACUAUUGUUUUGCUUCAGAAAAUAAGUUAG